AUGGCAGACAGAGUCCUUCGUCAAUCUGUCGCCUUGACAGUGGAAUUUUAUACCCCUCAAGAGGAGCUUCAUGUGGUUAUUUCCCCCGAGGCGUACCCAGUGACACUGCUAGCGCCCCCUCUGAAGGACCGCCAGGUCCUCAUCUGCCAGGGUGCCGAAGCAAUCGUUACUACUAAAGGACAUGGCAGAUGGGCCUCCUUGGACGAAAUAUUGCAUGGCAGGCCAAGGCCAUCGUCAGCUGACUGGCGCAACCGGGUCAUGCUAUUCAUGAACGCCCUGGAAUUGGACCUUGUUGACCGCACUCAUCCACGGUGGAGAGAACAUUCCGGACCUUAUGCCAGGCUAUCUAGAUCGGGAAUUGAUGAAGGCCUACACCGCGUUCUGCUCACAUUGUUACAGGAAUAUCCGGAAACCCUACUCCUUUGUCACUAUUGGACUUUCGGGCUGCGGCGCCUUUGGGGGGGAAAUCGACAGGUUAAAGCGAUAAUCCAGUGCUACGCUGCAUCCAUAUCAAAUGUACCAGAGAUUCGAUAUGUCCUAGGUGGCGCAGAGCAGAAAGUCUUUGGAGAUGAGCUCAAUAGGUUCAUCGGCCGGUUGCAGAGCACAACUAGAAGAGAAUUGGAGCCACGGAAGCUCUUUGAUGUGCUUGUCCGUCUGGGUACAGACAUCCAGAAUGGGAAAGCCGCUGUUCCCAAGCCAGAUGAGAUUUUCGAAUAUGUUUUAAAAAGCCUGUAG